CAUUUGACGUCAUAUUUGCGCGUCGGAGGAGCAGCGCAUAAACACCAUACACCGACAGCCUUAGCUCGUCCUUUGUUACGAUUUUUACGAAGCGGAGCAAAAAUGCCGAAAGUAAAGAGGAGUCGAAAGCCCCCUCCAGACGGUUGGGAGCUGAUUGAGCCCACUCUGGACGAGCUGGAUCAGAAGAUGAGAGAAGCUGAAACAGAGCCUCAUGAAGGAAAAAGGAAAGUUGAGUCCCUUUGGCCAAUUUUCAGGCUGCACCAUCAGCGGAGUCGAUACAUUUACGACCUCUUCUACAAAAGGAAAGCCAUCAGCAGAGAGCUGUACGAGUACUGUAUAAAGGAAGGCUAUGCAGACAAGAACCUGAUUGCCAAGUGGAAGAAGCAGGGCUACGAGAAUCUGUGCUGCCUGCGUUGCAUUCAAACACGAGACACCAACUUUGGGACUAACUGCAUCUGCAGAGUCCCAAAGAGCAAGCUGGAAGUCGGAAGGAUCAUUGAAUGUACCCACUGUGGGUGCAGAGGAUGUUCUGGCUAAUCUGCAGCCAGUUUUUGGACUUCUUGGUUUUUUUUUUCUUUUUGUGGUUUUGUUUUUUGACAUAUGGGCUUAACCAGUAGUCUCUACUGGAAUCCUAAAGCAACUCUUUUAUUUCCUCAUCUACAUCAGAAACAUUUCUUUAUCAUCAUUCUCAGCUGCCCCUAUGAGGGAUCAACGUUUUUAAUUUUCUGUUCUUUUAAACACAGGACAGUAACAGAGUAUUCACAGAGGGGGCCAUGUGUCCUAACCUUAGUUUUGCCAUGUGUUUAUUUUGGUCACAACUAACUCCAACUUGGUUUUAAAGUUCAAGGAAACUGUUUUAAGAUGAGUUGUUUUUGGAUCACGUCUGUCAUUCCAGUACGUCGGACCCACUGUGAAGGUUUUUUUUUUUAAAUUUCUUUCAUUCAAAGUGGGUUGAAAAUGAAAUUGCCUUUUUUUUCUUUUUUUGUCAUUGCUUUAAAUAUUUAGUACUUCAUCUUUGUUGUUUGGUAUAAUUUUAAAUAAAACAUUUCAGAAGCA